GUCACCUUUCCCUUCCGUAAUCGUUCAUUUUGGCCCAAGUUCUGUUCUGCCCCAAGUUGCCGAACAGCAGUGGCGCCGUGCCUCGAGUGGAACGCGCUGAGCCCCAGGAGCACCAGCCUCGACCCAGCAUGCAACCGUUCAGCCCAGGGGACGAUGUCGAGCGUGCUCUCUUCGGGGCUGGCUGCGCUUACCUGCUGCUCGGCGCUUACCUGCUGCUCCGCAUGCUGGCGCAGGGGCAGCUGGCGCGCAUGGUUGUGCCGCUGAGACGGGCUCGAGGACCUUUCGAGCCUGUCUGGAAAGACGAGGGCAUGAACUCCGAUGCGCAGCAGGCGGCGCAGGAGCUUCUCCAGAGGACAAGGCUGUCCCUGAUCCAGUCGCUGCUUCCCUUUGCCCACUUCGGCAGCAUGGUCGCCGUCUCGGCCAUGUGGUGGGGGGGCACGCUGCCCACGUCGUUUCUUCAGGACUGCAGCGCGCUCGCAAUCUCCACAAUCUGGAUGGUCCUCUGGAAAUUUCCGUCCGCACUCACACGAGGUUCUACCAACUGGCUGUACUCGGCGAUGAUGGCUAUCCUGAGCAUCACGGUGUGGCCAGUCGCCGUUUCUGCGGACGCAGUCUUGGUGUACGCCGGUGCCACCUGGGUCAUCGCUCUCGGUUUGAGCAUUGUGUUCUUGAAGCCAUGGCUGAAUGCGGUCUGGAUCUUCGUCAUCACCGCGAUAUCUUGCUUCACUUUGGUUGUUGGUCGGCGGGACGGUGGCCAGUGUGCCAACGCAGAUCCUAUUCGAGAGUCGCUGCAACUCACAAUAAUCGCCGUCGUCACUGUGGUGUGCAUGUAUGCUUUCGAGCGCUUGUUGUACCAACUAACGCGGCUGGAGCUGGAGGCGCAGUCCUCGCGCAACGAGCUAGCCGCUGCCCAGUCCGUGCUGCGGAGCAUUUGCGACGUGGUCGUAGUGGUGGAUCACGCGCUACGGCUCAGGGAAGACUCGCCAGGGUUGCGCAACAUGCUGCUUCUUAACCAGCGCCGGUCGCUGCGACAGGAGGACGUGCGCAGCUUCCUGGCGUCUGCCGAGGACCGUGCCAAGUUCGACGAGCAGGCGGCGGCGGCCACGGCCGCGGGGCAGCCCGUGGGCGAGCCGCCCCGCCUGAGCGUCGCGUUCCACGUGUCCAUGAAGGACAGCGCUGGGAUCAUUCUGGAGGUCGAGGUGUUCGUGGUGGGGUUCCUCAAGGAGAACCAGCAGAUGCAUCUCGUGGGCAUCCGCGAGCAGCAGUCGGGGGAACGUGCGGCGGAGCUCCUGAGGCCUGAGGGCGAGGCGGGGCCACUCCUGACGAUCGGCCUGCCCCGUGACGAGGGAGACGAGCGAGUCCGCUCGUCCUCGUCCUUGUCUUCUGCCAGCUCGUCCGCUGGGACCCUCGAGGACGCCACCGUCAGUGCCUGCGUGGAUGUGUUGAGCCCAGCAUGGAAGUUCGAGCGUGUCACCAGCGCGCUCCAGACGUGCAUGAGGCUCUCGGAGGAGGAGGACGGCUUCCUCCCGCUGGUGAAAGACAGCCAGAGGGGACGGCUCAUCCCCUUCGUCCAGAGUGCGUACUUUGAGCGCAAGAACGGGAUCGCUCCGGCCACCCUCGGGGAGCGCAUCUGGCUGCGCUCGGCGUACCUGCGCCGCAUGAACCUCUGUCUCUCCGCGUCCUUGCAGCUGGACUGGUGCCCAUCCCAUCCGCUGGAGGGCGGGAAGAUACUGGUUCGCUUGAGCCUCGCCGAGAUCAGCUGGGUCCGCAGCAGUCGGCGUAGGCCCCUCGCGGCGGGCGAGUCCCGCCAGACCCCCCGCGUCUUGCGGCAGGCCCCGCGCCCGGACGCCACACCCCGCUCUCUUUAGACCUCCGCUGCUGUCCCGUCCUUCCCGCGCAAUCUAGAGAUCAGGGUGUGGGGCCUGGCGUUCUAUGGUCUGGGGCACAGAGCGCAUGACACGGAGUCCAUUGAACAAGGCGAGGGAGCGUGAGG